AUGGAUUUCGAAUUGAUAACAGUCGAACAGUCAUUAGAUCAUCAACAUCGUUCAGGUGACUCUAAUACACUAUCCGAGCACUUUGAGACAAUCCCUACACUUGAUAAUGAUAAAUUCAUAUUGGAAAAGAAACAGCAAAAACGUCUGUAUCCAUGGAUCGAAUCAAUCACGGCACGUAUGGUAGCAUUCGCUAUAUUUGCUAAUAUUUCAUUGAUCGUCGGCGUACUAAUAGUUUACUUUACGGUACCAAGACCAGAUCACACGUGUCAAUUGAAAUUUCAAUCAACAAUUAAAAGUUCACGUAUUCAGAGUUCACAACCACGUACACUUGCUGUCGGUGACUUUGAUAAUAAUCAACAGAUUGAUCUGGUUGUGGCCAAUUCAGGUACAAACACAAUUGUUGUUUUCAUUCUCGAUAUCAAUGCAACUAUCAUCAGUCAACAAACAUAUUCCACAGGUGCACGUUCUCGACCAUGUUCACUUGCUGUUGCUGAUUUCAAUCAAGACGGUUAUAUUGAUAUUGCUGUGGCGAAUAAUGGAACAAACAACAUCGGAUUAUUCUUCAACAAUCGAAACGGAUCAUUUCUCACUCAACAAACGCUCUCUACUGGUUCUUACCGACCGUCAUUUGUCGCUGUUGCUGAUUUCAAUCAUGACAAUCGUUCGGACAUGGCGGUUGUAUAUUAUGGAACUGAUAACAUUGGUAUUCAUCUAGGAAAUGGAAAUGGAGCAUUCCAAAGUGUGACAAUCUACAGUACUGGCUACGAUUCAUUACCGUAUUCAUUAGCAGUUGGUGAUCUGAAUAACGAUAAUUAUUUGGACGUUGUCGUAGCAAAUUAUGGUACUAACAAUAUUGGUAUUUUCUUUGGAAAUGCAAAUGGAUCCUUUACAAGUCAACAGAUUCAUUCAACGUCAUCGAAUUCUCAUCCAACAUCAGUUGUACUUGGAGAUCUCAAUCAAGAUCAACAAUUAGACAUAAUUAUUUCUCUUUAUGAGAAAAACAAACCACUUACCUAG